UAUAAAAUAAACCUGUGACUGAAGUAACCUCCAGAUACCAUGUUCUAUCACUCUUGUAAAAAAGUAACAAAAAAACUAGUAGUUUAAACAAACUAUUAAUAUUGAAUAAAUAUAGAAAGGUUAUCCCUCUGGAAAAUCAGUCAGACACUCUUCUGAAAAAGUUUAUACCACCGGGAUGUCAGGGCCAAGUUGAUACUACAGAUCGAAAGCAUUGUCAUUAAUAUUUUAGUAGUAAAUGUGAUCUUUAUAAACAUGAUAGAAGUAGGCUAUUUUGCAUGAACAUGGCCUCAGAAAUAGGCAUCUGUGAUUUAUUUAAAUUUCAGCAAGAGCAUAUAGAUUUGUUUUUCUGUAGAACACAGUUUUUUUUCUCCUUUAAAUAAUUACACAGUAGUUCUAUACCGCUAUAGGAAUAUAUGAAAAUUAGGACUAUUCCAUACAUUUCCUGUCAUGCUUCAAAUAUAAUUUUAUAAACACACUAAACAUAGAUUGGAUCUUAAAUAUAUACAGAGGCAGCAUGUUUUCAUACAGUGACUGCAUAUCUUAACCUAUCUUAAUCUAUAGAUUCUGAAGGCAGAAAGAAUCCCAGUCUUACAAUACCCUGGAACAGCAAUUCUCCCUCUGUGUCCUGAAAUCGCAGGACAAGAGAGGAAUAUACACUGCUUUUCAUCAGUCAGAAGCAGGGGACUACAACCUAAAAGGUAUACUAUGGAAAACCUCAUGGAUCCCUGCUCCACUGAAGAUGGAUAUAACAGCAGCAGCAUUGUUCUUGAAAAACAAGUAUUUAGAUCGAAAGUGCCAGAAUCACAUGUUCAGCUGGCUUGUAGCCUCCAUUACUGUGCUUUUCCCUUAAAUGGAAAUGAACUUUGUAUUUGGAAUAUGAGUGAUGAGCCCAACCAUCAGCCAUUGUGUUUAAUAGGUCAUCAUCAUUCGAUUACUGCACUGGCAUUUGGGACCAAAGAUGAUCCUCUCCUUAUUUGCUCUGCUUCACAAGAUUAUGUGAUAGUUUGGAAUCUGGAUGAAUGUACAAAGAAGGUGCUAGAAGGGUUAAUGCCACAAGGUAUCGUGAUAGGAACACUUCUGGGCAUGGUGCUAUAUGUUCGCUUUAGUCCAGAUGAUCAGACUGUGGCAGUAUGUGCUGGUAAUCGAAUCUACGUGCUAAAUGCAAAGGAUGAAGCAAUAAUUGCUGAAUUAGAAGGCCAUCUGGCACCAGUAACUGCUGCUGAAUUUUGUACUUGGGAGAAAAAUAUACUUAUAUCAGUUUCAGAAGAUAGAAGUUUUAAGGUCUGGGAUUACUGUAUUGGAUUGCUAAUAUAUCAAUCAGCAGUAAUAACAGCAUUUCCUCUUUUAAGUCUCUUUAUUGAUGAAGCAAAUAAACAGAUUAUUACUGGAUGUGCAGAUGGACAGCUAUGGAUCUUCAGCUUGAUUAGUGGACAUAAGUAUCGCUGUGUAAUUCAUAUUAAUGUAAAGAAAGAAAGAAAAAAGUUUUAUAACAAAAUAACAAAAUUUGAGCAUUUGGAUCAGAUUCAGAAUAUUUCUCAGGCAUGUAUUAUAAGCAAUAUAGAAGAAGAAGAUGCAGUUGAAACUACCUUUCCAAUCCUUAGAAUAGAACACUGUGAUAACCCAGCAAAUUUUGGUGAUAAAGAGUCUAGAUUUCCUGAUGUUGGUACCCAGUAUUUGUGGAUUGGAAGCUCUACUGGUUUAUUUAUAAUUAACAAGGCAAACUUUGAGUUGGAAGCUGCUUUACAUUACAAAGAUUUCACUGGUCUUAAUAUUCAGAUUGCUGGAUCCUGUGCUUUAACGAGGAAGGCAAUCAAUGGUAAGGUUUUCUGUUUGCUAAGUUCUAUGUUGGAGAACAAAAUUGUUUUACUGGAAGUUAACGUUGCUGAUCUGUUGAGAUGCCAACAGAAUUUAAGUGGGAGGGAGGAAGGUUUUUCUGCUGUUGCAAGAUGUCCUCUUCUUGUGACAUCUCCCUUGUAUGCGAAGAAGGAAAAAGCGAAACUUGUAAAUAAAACAGGUACAAAAACUCAUAUAAAAGACAAGCCAUUGGUUUUUCAUAACAAAAUUAAAUCAUCAGGUUAUACAUCAGCACCACACAUGCUCAUGUUCUCCCCAAAUUCAAAAGUAAAACACAGCAGGUUGACAUUGGAAUGCAAGAGGAGUUGGAGACGACGAAAUAAGGAAGACUAUCCACUUGGAAAAUCUCCUCCAACCGAAAGUGUGAGGCAAAUUACUGUAACUGAUAAACCAACUGCCAUAUGCUGUAUUCAGUAUUCAGGAAAUGGAGAAUUAUUGGCUUGUGGUUUAGCUGACAAAACAUUGCUGGCAUUCAAAUCAAACCUUAUAGGAGAACCAACUGUUUAUUCAGGACACGAUGGUGCUAUUACCUCAGUAGGUUGGAGCCAUGACAACAAUUGGCUUGUUUCAUCUUCUGAAGACAGAACAUUAAAGAUCUGGUCAGUUAGCAGCGCAGAACCUGCUUUAUGUCUGGGAAAGGAAAUAUUUCAGAAAUCUGUCCGAUCAGCCCAGUUCUAUUAUAUAGAUACGUUCAUAUUACUGUCCUGUGGAGCAGAAUUUUAUUUAUUAAGAUACUAUCUUGACACCAGUAAAGAUGAGAUAAAACGAUAUAGAACAAAGAGUAUUUGCAAAUCAAUACAGAAAUUUCCAAUGGCGUCUACAGUGGAAAUUACCAGCCUUUCAGCAGUGAAUGAUUUCUAUUCCUAUAUUGUAUUGACAGCUGGGAGUAACCGAGCACUAGAAAUAUUUGACCUCAACGUGGGCUGUAGUGCAGCAGUGAUAAGAGAUGCUCAUUCUAGAUCAGUUCACCAAAUUUGCCAAAAUAAGGGAUCAUCUUUUAGCUGUCAACCACAUGAAGCUUACAAUCUCUUUUUAACAGCAGCCAUUGGUGAUGGCAUCAAACUUUGGGAUUUGAGAACUCUGAGGUGCGAGCGUCGUUUUGAAGGUCAUAAUAGCCGCUGUCAUCCAUGUGGCAUUAGUGUUUCUCCUUGUGGCCAGUUCAUCGCUUGUGGAUCUGAAGAUAAAUGUGCUUAUAUAUAUGAGAAGCAUUCCAGCACCUAUUCUUAUAAACUGACAGGACACACUGAAUCGGUAAUCAAUGUGGCUUUUAAUCCAUCAUCUCCCCAGCUCGUUUCAGCUACCUUGGAUGGCAAAUUGCAAUUGUUUCUACCCCAAUAACGAUCAGCCCUGACAUCUUUGGUGUUUCUACAUUGAGAAUUAAAUUUCUUGAAAGAAAAAAAAAAAGAUUGGUAGCUGAGCAUGGUAACUGGGCAAACUGUAGCAAAUUUUAGUUAAAUAGAGUCUUUCAGAUUUGUUCUACUAUUUGUCAACCAACUGGGAUUUGCUUAAAAAAAAAUCUUACUGCUGGAAAAGCAGCUUCACAGGUGAUACCAAAUGGUAGAUUUUUAAUAUUUUGUGGGGUUAGGUUAUUUUUAGCUCAAAAGUUAAGUUUCUGUAGUGUAUAAAUUUCUAAUGCAUUUUACUGAUAUUUUGGAUGGUUGUUUUAUAACUACCCAAUUUUUUAUUAUUACACAAAUUACAUAAAACUUUUGUUAUUCGGUUGCUUGCUAAUACCUAAUCCUCAGUAAUAAAGGAACAGUCUACUCAUUCCUGUUGCAUCUUGAUUUAAUUACAGAGACUGUCUGAGAUGCUAAGUAUUUCCUCUGCAUUUGGAUAUGCUAGCAAUAUUUUAAUAUAUUUCAUGUAGCUUUGAUGUUAUGUGGUCAAUAGACACUAUUAUGCAAUGCAUUUCUCCUUUUUCUCUAAAAAUUCUUUAGUUGACUAAUGGAAGUAGCUGUAAUAUAUGGUUCUUUUUUUAAAAAAAGAAUCAUAGAAAAUGCAACUUUCUCAACAGACUGAUAAAAUAUCAGUAAAGACAGGUAUUUUUUGCAGGAUUUUAAAAAGUUAAUUUUUAACUAUGCUUAAUGUUCUUUCACACAACUGUAAAUCUGGAAGAAAGUAAAAUAAGUUUAUAAGGUAAACUAAGUAAAAAUAAUAGUUUCACCAUUCUCGGAUCCUUAACAAUGGAAGCUCAAUCAAAAUAAAGGUCACUACCAUUGAAGACCCAUUUAUUUAACUAGUUGUGCUUUCCAUAAUAUGGAAACAAGCGAUCAUCUGAAUACAAAUUCUUCAGUAAACUAGUCAGAAGAUUUUUAAACAAUAGGGUGUGGGUGCUUAAAAUGUGUUUAAUUAAUUGUGGGUAGUUCAGGAGUGACAUUUACUUCCCUACCAGUUCGCCAAUGUGCAUGGGCCAUCAUCUGUGCAUGCGCAUGCGCAGAGGCUUAAAAUGUCGCAAAAAAGCGAUAUCAUGACAUCUGCACGGAUGGGCUGAGCCUCCCGCAGCUGCUGCUACAGGUUCACCUGAGCCGGAUAGAACCGGCUAGAUUUCACCCCUGGGAUAGUUGUAAUACUUACAGAAUAUUUAAUUAGAUGUAAAUGUAUAUUAAAAUAAAUCCUGCUGAUAAUGAAAAAAGCUCAAUAUAGCCAAUAUAUUAUUUUCAAAAUGGCAAGCACCGAUUUGUUAUGCUUAUACUAAUAAUGCCAUAAUCCUUGUAGGUUAUGGGUUUAAAAGAAAUAUUUUGCCGUAAAAGAAGGAAUAUAAUCUAAUGUUUGACAUGUAGUAACAAAAUAUGUCUGUUGGUUCAAUCUUCAAAGGUAUCUAUACUUUUAGCAGUAAGAUUGCUGAAAACACAGGUGCCUCUGAAAGACUAGAUCACCAGUAGAGUAUGUUUGAUAGGAAUUCUCCUUCUGUUUACAGUGAAUUCAAACCCUUUAUACAAUAUUUGAAUUGCUCCCCCCCCAUUUCUACAGAAUAAGCAAUGACAUAGGAGAAGGGGUGAAGCUACUGUAAUAAUUUUCACUUCUUCAGCUAUGGCCACACUCCCAUUUUUCUAGAACUCUUGUUUCUCCUUUUCAAUAUUAUCUGCCUCUUUGUCUCUAUUCUAUCUCUCUCAUUGUGUCUAUAGGACAACUGUCUAUCUGAAAAGUAACAUAAAAUACAUGUUUGUAUUCCAUAAAUACAGUACCAGUGUGUUGUGUCUUGCCCGCCCUCAGAGCAGCCGGGGCCUUCUUACCUGCUCCCGCACACUGAGGAAUGUAUGCCUCCCGGUCCCAGUCCUGGCUCCAUGCCCACACAAACUGCAGAAGGAGAAUCUCCCUGCCCCA